AUGGCUAAGAAUGGAUUCACAGGUUGUAUUCCUUCUUGUUUAGGAAAUAUUAGCUCUUUGGGAAUUUUAGAUUUAUCCAACAAUCAAUUGUCCACAGUAAAACUAAAACAACUAACAACAAUAGGGUUUCUCAAGCUGUCAAACAACAAUUUGGGUGGGCAAUUACUUGCCUCAGUGGUCAAUUCUUCUGGCCUGGUUUUUCUCUACCUAAGCGGUAACAACUUUUGGGGUCAGAUAUCAGAUUUUCCAUUAGAUGGGUGGAAGAAAAUGUGGACUGUAUUGGAUUUGAGUAACAAUCAAUUUUCAGGCAUGCUUCCAAGGUGGAUUGUCAAUUCUACGCAAUUGAGUGCAAUUGAUUUGUCCAAAAACCAUUUUAAGGGUCCAAUUCCAAGAGACUUUUGUAAGCUUCAGGGGCUUGAAUAUUUAGACCUUUCUGAGAACAACUUGUCUGGUUCUAUACCAUCGUGCUUCAAUCCACCACAAAUAACCCAUGUGCAUCUAUCCGAAAAUAGAUUGAGUGGUCCAUUAACAUGUGGAUUUUAUAAUAGCUCUUCCCUGAUUACGAUGGAUCUUCGAAAUAACAGCUUCACCGGCUCCAUUCCAAACUGGAUUGGAAAUCUUUCAUCAUUGAGUUUUCUUCUUCUGAGGGCUAAUCACUUUGAUGGUGACUUCCCUGAUCAUUUAUGCUUGUUAGAAAAAUUAAGCAUUUUGGAUGUUUCACAAAACCAUCUCUCUGGUCCACUACCCGCUUGUUUGGGCAAUCUUACUUUCAAGGAAAAUUCCAAGAAAGCGUUUGCAGAUAUCGAAAAUGUUUUUGGCUCAGCGUACACAGGAAAAUCUUAUUAUGACACAAUGAAUCCAAAACUAGUGGAUAAUUUCCAAAUCUUGGGAAACCCUUCUCAGUCCAACAUUGCAGAAGAAGUGAUAGAAUUUACUACUAAAAAUAUGUAUUAUGGUUACAAGGGGAAAAUCCUCAGUUUCAUGUCUGGUAUUGAUCUCUCCAGUAACAACUUCUUAGGAGCAAUCCCACAAGAAUUGGGAUACUUAAGUAAGAUACUGUCAUUAAACUUAUCACACAACAAUCUCACUGGAUCUAUACCUGCAACAUUCUCAAACCUAAAGCAGAUUGAGAGUUUGGAUCUUUCUUACAACAACUUGACUGGUGCCAUCCCUCAGCAACUUACUGAAAUUACCACAUUGACAGUUUUUAGUGUGGCACACAAUAAUUUGUCAGGCAAGACUCCAGAGGAGAAAUAUCAGUUUGGGACCUUCGAUGAAAGUUGUUAUGAAGGAAAUCCUUUCUUGUGUGGACCUCCAUUGCGAAACAAUUGUAGCAAGGAACCAAUGUCGUUGCAGCCAGUGCCUAAUGAUGAACAAGAAGAUGAUGAUUUCAUAGACAUGGAGUUUUUCUACAUCAGUUUCAGUGUAUGUUACACAAUUGUGGUGAUGAUGAUUGCAGCAGUUCUCUACAUCAAUCCCUAUUGGUGA